GUGUACUUUUGAAUGUGCUGUGUCGAAUAACACAAGAAAUAAGAUGACAACUAGAGAGGCGAAUCUCCGCAGGAAAUCGCCAGGUCAAAUACGCCGGCAGCCGGAAACUGCCUUAUACCGACACACCAUCGCAGGAAAUGUCCCGUUGGUUUAUGGACCAAUACCCUACAAGUCGCCCCGGAGGUACGUGGAAAACGAUGUGACGAUACAUUACAAAACACCAGUGCGGCAGGAGGUAAAGGAACCGAUAAGCGAAGAAGAACUAUCACGUCGCCAAGCCGAACAUAUGAAACGCGUUUAUGAAGAAGAAAGACGGCGAAAAUAUCUUCAGGUUAGCGAUUUCGACGAUGAACUACAAGACAUGAACAAUAGAAGACAUACUGACAACUUUAUUCCAUCGCAAAAAUCUCCAAUUCCUCUAAAUAGAUACGACGAUUUUCUCGCGGAAGAUAGUCCCAAGAUAAAACCACGUCCCCGAUCUCCAGAACACCGUUUAGUUGCUAGAGCCUUAUAUAAUUUUGUGGGUCAGUCUGCCAGAGAAAUUACGUUUCGUAAAGGAGACAUAAUUUACAUUAGAAGACAGGUUGAUAAAAACUGGUAUGAAGGUGAACACAAUGCGAUGGUAGGACUUUUCCCGGCAAAUUACGUUGAGAUAAUACCAUUCGAUGGUGUCAAAUCAACUCCAAGAAGAAAUCAUGAAGGUCAAGCCAGAGCGAAGUUCAAUUUCAUCGCACAAACGCAUCUGGAACUAUCAUUAGCUAAGGGAGAACUAGUCGUCAUAACAAGACGGGUCGAUGACAACUGGUUCGAAGGAAGAAUAGGUGGUCGUAAGGGCAUUUUUCCAGUCUCGUAUGUUGAAGUGUUAAUAGACGCCGCCAGUCCCCCACCUCCUACACCUCUUAGUAGUAAACCAGUUGCGUCACCGGCCGCCCAUUCUCUUUUAUUAAAUGGAUCAGCGGGUGGUAAAGAGUCAAUGGGAAGUCAUAAGUAUACUCCAUCAAUGCCUUAUCAACAACACUUCACCUCAAGUUACCGAGCUAAACCCCUACAAAUUGCCAGCACUAGUUAUGGAUCGUCGUCCAAGUCUUCCGGCAAAAACCCUAUCAAUGAAGUUUUGCACAUCGAUACUCAUUCAGAGCCAGUACCGGGCAGAUAUACGUCAACAUUUACCUACCCCGGGAGCGAAUUUCCGAACCCCAUCCUUAUUCAGCGUACCCAAUGAUAACCGCUUCGCCGAAUAGAGCCGAACACCUACAAACUCACGUCCUCCUAUCUUUAAUCUUUGCCAUAUUAUCGCCGCCACAAGAGAAGAGCCCUGCGUCAUCAAUGUACGAAUGCAUAAAUCCAAGGUGUUGAUACUUACAUCUCAAAAAUUUGCGCAACCCAAAAAAGGACAGAGACCGAAACAAGUU